AAGUAUCCGUUCCAGUUUGUGAAGGAACUGAAACCAACAACAGAGGAGCUGCUACACUCAUGAUUUCAGAAUUUUGGUUAUGACCAACAAAGUUCACUUUCAACUAUCCGCAGAACUUGUUGGACAUGAAAAGGAAGUGAGAGCUGUUUUAGCACUUUCUGAUCAAGUGCUAGUGACAGGUUCCAGAGAUGAGACCUUGAAAGUUUGGAAAUAUGUAGAAGAAGAUAAGCAGUGGAAGUUGGAAAGUUCGUUUCAAGUACACAAGGGUUUCAUUAGUUGUCUAGCAGCUCUUCAUACGGAUCAAAGCCGUUUUCCUUUGGUCCUCUCUGGUGGUGGAGAUGCAACUAUCCGAGCAACAGAUAUUAUGACUGGUUCUCAAGUAGGAAUAGGUGAAGGACACAGCAACACAGUUUGUGAUAUACAAGUGGGUGAAGCAACUCAGUUUAUGAUUUCUUGUUCGUGGGAUUGCACAAGUAUAGUAUGGAAUUGGAAAGAAGAAGAAAAAGGAAAUGAUAUUGUUAUUCGUAUAUUUCCUCUUAUCACUUUACGUGGUCAUAAAGCUUCCGUUUGGAGUGCCAUUAUUUUAUCUUUUGGUUGCUUUCAAACAGCUUCUGCAGAUAAGACUAUUAAACUUUGGAAUGAACGAGGUGAAUGUUUAGAGACAUUGUAUGGACACCAAGAUGUAGUUCGUUGUCUUUACAAAGUUCCCAACUCUGAAAGGAUUGUUUCUGUUUCCAAUGAUGGUUAUGCUAUUUGUUGGAAGGCUUUAGAACAACGACAUUGGGAAAUAGAACAUCGUUUAUUCCUUAGCAAUCAUUUCUUGUAUAGUUUGACAUAUUUGUCGGCUUUGGAUUGUUUUGUUACUGGAGGAGAAGAUGGCUCCGUAAUCAUAUUUUCUUUUGAACAAGGAGUGGCUCAGACCCUAUCUCAUCCAAAGACUGUUUGGGCUUUGACAACUUUGCCUGGUAGAGAAGACUUGGUAACGUGCUGUAUGGAUUGUAUCUGUCGCAUAUUUACAAGUGACCAAUCACGUGUAGCUGACGAUGCUGUUCUGCAAUCAUUUCAUGACAAAGCCAGUACUAAGAAAUUGAGUGCAUCGAUGGUACAAGGAGUAGAUUGGGACAAGUUGCCAUUAUAUGAACAAGUGAUAGAUACUCCAGGAACUCGCGAAGGGGAAUUGAAAGUUGUAAGAAAGGGAAAUGAAGCGCAAGUAUUGAUUUGGAGUGAACAACAAUGGAGCAAAUUUGGAGAUGUAGUUGACAAUCCACAAGAAAAUAGUGGUCAAAGUGGUUAUUUGGAUGGUGAAUAUUACGAUUAUAUAUUUGACGUGGAUAUUGGAGAUGAUCAACCUAAACGUAAACUGGGAUAUCGUAAAGGAGAGAAUCCUUUGGCAGCUGCUCAACGUUUCUUAUUGAAAGAAGAAUUACCUUUGGAAUAUAUAGACCAAGUAGCCGAUUUUAUCGAUAGAAAUACAGAUUAUCGUCAACGCAAUAUGGAUAUGGAAGGAGAUCCUUUGACCGGAAGUAGUCGAUAUAUUCCUAUGGGAGAUAAUCGAGAUAAGAAUGCUUCCAUCAAAGACCCAUUUACAGAAAAUCGUUAUCGACCAUCGUCGAAUAAUGAUACUCAGUCAGCUACAGCAGCCCAACAACAACAUUUUCCUUCGAAUGAGUUUAUUUAUUUUGGACAUUCGGAUCAAUUCGCAAAUAUGCGUAAAAAGUUGAACGAAUUUAAUCAUCAAGUAAACGAAGAUAUGCGCCUGAGUGAUGAAGAAUGGAACCUUGUUUCAAACAAAGUGAUUCAGCAAUUGGAAAAAGAAAGUCAGAUUGUUCAUUGUAUCUUUUCAGAAGAAGAAUUGCAAGUGAUGGAAAAAUUACUGGAUUGGCCAACAGAAAAUAUUAUUCCUGUUCUAGACAUAUUUCGAUUGAUGAUAUUGAGUCCAUCGGCAUCGAGUUAUUUCUUUCUAAAAAAGGAAAAUUUCGGUUUAGACAAAGUAAGACGACAUUUAUUAUCCUCGAAAGCCACCAUUGGAGUUGUUAUUCUGGCUUGUCGUGUGAUUUGUAAUAUGUUCUCUACACGUCUGGUUGCAUUGUUGGCUUGUGAUCAAUGGGAACUCAUUUGUCCAUUAUUUCAUCCAUCCGUUUAUGUUUCACAUGCAAAAUCUAUUGAAGCAUAUUCUGCAUUAUUACACAAUUAUGGUAUCCAGUUAUCCAAAGGAGGAGAAGACUUUAUUGUGUCAACCAAUCAAUGGAUGACUUGUGCAAUGGAAUGGCUUGAAUUGUUGCAUCAUAAACAAGUGCAAGACUUUUCGUCUAUCUAUGCUGUUUGGACAGCGUUGGGUACAAUCUUUGUUUCUCAUCCGAGCUUGUUACAGGAAGCUAUGGAGAAAUACGCUCUAUUGGAUAUCAUGGAACGAUAUAUGCAAAGCUCUGAAAAGAUAAAAGAAUGUAUAAAACAGAUAGAAUACUUGAUUGCUCAAAGUGGAACUUAAUAAAUGGAUGGAAAGCAGUUUGUUACAUAAU